CCCACUUUUCUCAGAACAGUCACACUAGCUCUGUCCCUGGCACAGUGGGACUUAAGUCUCAAAUCUAACGAGUAGGAUUUAGUUAUCCAGGGCGAGUUUGCGUUCUUUCCCCAACCAUUACCACUAAACAUGAUGGAACUCAACUUUUCGGCAACGGCAAAUAUAUCAGCAAUUAGAUGUUUCUUACAUAUCAAGAGAGAUCAGGCAAAACAAAUUUCAUCGUGUUCUUUUCCUAAUGUUCAACCAUGCAAGGCAUUUAAAUUUGUAUGCGUAGCUGCAAAGAAAAGACAAGGUUUUGGGCCCGAACCUACUGAAAAAGAGAAGACUAACAAAGGCAAAGCUCCGAGGGAGACUACCACUUUAGGUUCUCAGUCAAGAAUUUCAAUGACCAAUUCACCUGGCAUACCUGUUAAUGAAAAACCUGGUGUCAGUCCACCUGGCGGAAAAUCUACCAGUAAAAUCGUGUUAGACCGUGAGUUUGAGCAGCGUCUGGAAACUGUUAGAAGAUCUGCGCUUAAACAGAAAAAAAUAGAGAAAAGCAUUGAAUAUGGAGCAAUUGACUAUGAUGCACCAAUUGAGCCAGCAAAAGAUAAAGUUGGACUUGGUACCACAGUUGGAGUAGGCGUGGCGGUUGUAGUUUUUGGUCUGGUGUUUGCUCUUGGAGAUUUUCUUCCAUCUGUAAGUUCAAACCCCAAGGAGGAGGCUGCAAUAGUCGGAAGCAAACUUACGGGAGAACAAAAAACGGCUCUUCAGACUAGGCUGCGAGAAUAUGAGGCAACACUCACUAGCUCCCCCAAAGACCCAACUGCACUUGAAGGAGCAGCAGUAACACUUUCAGAAUUAGGAGAAUAUAAUCGAGCAGCUUCUUUCCUUGAAAGUUUGGCAAAGGAAAAGCCAGACGAUCCUGAUGUAUAUCGCUUACUGGGUGAAGUUAAAUAUGAGCUCGGGGAUCAUGAAGGGAGCGCUGCUGCUUAUAGGAGCUCUGCAUCUGUAUCCAAAACUCUGGAUUUUGAAAUUCUGCGCGGUCUAACGAAUACACUCCUAGCUGCUAAGAAACCAGACGAGGCUGUCCAAGUGCUACUUGCUGCACGUGAAAAUCUGAAUCCAGGAAACUCAAAUGGUUUUGAUGCUCAGGCUGCUGUUAGGGGCAACCUAGAACAGGAAAUCAUGAAGGUUGAUCCCAUUCAAUAUGAGGGUAAUUAUCAGGUCGAGUUACUCCUUGGGAAAGCUUACUCUGACUGGGGCCACGUUAGUGAUGCUGUUACUGUUUAUGAUCAACUCAUCUCUGCACAUCCUGAUGACUUCCGAGGCUACUUGGCAAAGGGAAUUAUUUUGAAACAAAAUGGUAAGGUUGGGGAUGCAGAAAGGAUGUUUAUUCAAGCACGGUUCUUCGCGCCAGAGAAAGCAAAAGCAUUUGUGGACCGCUAUUCACAAUAACAAUCUCUCUGACUUUGUGUGUAUAUGUAUAUGUAUUGACACAUAAGAACGGAGCCUGCAGUAAACUGAACCAUUCAGCCUGCAAGCUGGAGAUUCUGAACUGUUGAUUAGUUUGUGCCAUCUCAACUCAGACCAUGUUUCGCAGUGUGGAUCUCAAUUCCUACUAUUAUUAGGAAAAAGGGUGUUUUGUUGGGACUUUUAACUUAAAUAUCUCCUGGUACAAAAGCAAAGUAGUAAUAAUAUGAGGUCAAUUUGUUAAGUGGUGUCCUAAGUGUGACAUGUUCCAAUUCAUGUAACCAGGUGCCCUCUACUAGUCAAAUGAAAGGCGAGUUUGGUAUUGUUGUGAGUUUUAUAGAAGCGAUUUUCUAUCGUGUUGUGUUACUGUGUUGUGCUGUGAAGAUAAAGCAGUUGGACGUUUGGUAAACUAUAAAUACGUAAAGUGUGGUAUAACCAAUAAAUCGUAAAUUCUGCUUGGUAAA